AUGGAUAAGCUUAUGCCAAAGUGGUCAAGCAUCGAAUCUGUGCCUGAGAACUACAUAUUCCCACCAGAAACAAGACCAGGUGAUAUCAAAAUCCCGAUCUGCCACAGCAUCCCAGUGAUUGAUCUGAGUGAAGCAGAAAAUGGUGAUAGAACAAAUACAAUUCAGAAAAUGAUCAAAGCUGCUGAGGAGUUUGGAUUCUUUCAGGUUAUGAAUCAUGGAAUUGGGGAGAAUGAAAUGAAGGAAACAAUGAGUGUUUUUAAGGAAGUGUUUCAGUUGCCUGAUGUGUAUGACCAUAACUUGUAUCCUGAUGACUCUACUAAGACAUGUAAGAAGUUUACUAGCACUUACCAUUAUGAUACUGAAAAGGUUCAUCUAUGGAGGGAGAGUCUUAGACACCCAACAUAUCCUUUGGAGGAGUGGCAGCACUUGUGGCCUGAAAAUCCAGCUUCAUACAGAAAAUGUGUUGGAGAAUUUUCGAUUAAAAUUAAGGAGUUAGGUUCAAGGAUCAUGAAUUUGAUUAGUGAAGGACUUGGUCUAGAGUGUGGAUAUUUUGAAAACGAUCUUAGCGGAUCAAUGAUUAUCUCUGCUAAUCAUUAUCCACCAUGUCCUAACCCGGAUUUAACACUUGGUAUACUCAAGCACUUUGAUGCUUACCUCAUCACCAUUUUACUCCAAGAUGAUAUAUCUGGUCUUCAAGUAUUAAAGGAUGGAGAAUGGAUUGGUGUUGAGGCUCUUCCUCAUGCAUUUGUCAUCAACAUAGGCUAUGCCUUAAAGAUAAUCAGUAACGGCAAGCUACAAAGUGCUGAGCACAGGGCUGUGACAAAUUCAACUCAUGAUCGCACAUCUGUUGCAUUUUUUAUAGCUCCAUCAGGUGAUUCUUCCAUAGAGCCAGCACAAUGUCUCAUUGAUGAGCACAAUCCACUAAUUUUUAAGUCCUUCAAAUUCAAAGAUUUCCUCUCAAGAUUCUUUGAAAAGCACGGUGACAUGGAAAAGGUGAUGAAAUCCUUUGAAGUACCGGAUGAAAUACUGUGA